AUGCCCUCCAUCUACAAGAUGAUGGAGAACAAGGACAGUAUAUGCUUUCCAGAACUCUUCAACUCUUCCUGCAGGAGACGAGCACUUCACUGGUCUGAAACUGUGCCCCUAAAUAUCCUGCUGUGCUCCAUCUCUGCGAUCACUAUAGCUCUGAACCUCCUUGUCAUCAUCUCAGUCUCCUACUUCAGGCAGCUCCACACACCCACUAACAUCCUCCUCCUCUCUUUGGCUGUGUCAGACUUUCUUGUGGGGUUCCUGUUGCUGCCUGGAGAAAUCUUCCUAGGAAUAGCCUGCUGGGCUUUCGGUAACCUUUUGUGUUCUCUCUUUAAUUAUGUGUCUUUCAUCAUUACCUCGGCUUCAGUGGGAAACAUGGUUCUCAUAUCAGUUGACCGCUAUGUGGCGAUUUGUUAUCCUCUGCAUUACUCUACCAGAAUUACUGUGACCAGAGUUAAACGCUCUGUUUGUUUGUGUUGGCUCUGUUGUGUUUUGUACAGUAGUGCCCUUUUAAAAGAUGAGCUGAUUCAACCAGGAGGGCAUAAUUCCUGCUAUGGAGAAUGUGUUUUUGUCAUCAACUUUAUUGCAGGAACUGUUGAUCUUUUGUUAACCUUUAUUGUUCCUAUUUCUGUUAUCGUAGUUCUGUAUAUGAGAGUAUUUGUAGUGGCUGUGUCUCAGGCCCGUGCCAUGCGCUCUCAUGUUACAGCUGUCACACUGCAGCUUUCAGUGAAUCUCACAACAAAGAAAUCAGAGUUGAAAGCAGGAAGGACUCUUGGUGUUCUAAUAGUUGUGUUUCUAAUGUGUUUCUGUCCAUACUAUUGCGCUUCUUUUGCAGUGGAAGACUCACUCAGUGAGUCAUCCACAUCCCUUGUCCGUUAUCUCUUCUAUUUUAACUCCUGUUUGAACCCUGUGAUCUAUGCACUAUUUUACCCCUGGUUUAGAAAAGCUAUUAAACACAUUGUCAUGCUUCAGAUAUUUCACACUGGCUCCCGUGAGGCCAACAUACUAUAG